UGGUAUUAGGUAUUGCCAUGGUGCGGUUUUAUAUACAGAAAGGAACACAUAGAGGCUUAUUCAGAAGCGUUCAAAAGACGCUUAAAUUUUUCCAGACAUUUGCUUUGCUUGAGGUAGUCCACUGUGCAGUUGGAAUAGUUCGCACAUCUGUGCUUGUGACUGGGGUCCAAGUGAGUUCAAGAAUCUUCAUGGUGUGGUUCAUUGCACAUAGUAUAAAACAGAUCCAGAAUGAGGAGAGCGUUAUUCUUUUUCUGGUCGUAUGGACUGUGACAGAGAUUACUCGAUAUUCCUUCUACACAUUCAACCUGCUCAACCAUUUGCCAUACUUCAUUAAAUGGGCCAGAUACAACUUUUUUAUCAUUUUGUAUCCUGCUGGAGUUGCAGGUGAAUUGCUAACCAUAUAUGCUGCUUUACCCUACGUGAAGAAAACAGGAAUGUUUUCACUGAGACUUCCCAACAAAUAUAAUGUCUCCUUUGACUACUAUUACUUCCUUAUUAUUGUCAUGUUCUCCUAUGUGCCGUUAUUUCCACAACUCUACUUCCACAUGCUGCGGCAGAGAAGAAGGGUGCUUCAUGGAGAAGUGAUAGUGGAAAAGGACGAUUGAAUCAAGCAGUGUAACUAUGGUGCUUUUAAUGGAAAAAAAGAGGGUAAAAAACCCAAAACUUCCUGUGAUUUUUCUGAGUCCAAGUUUUAAAACAUGGAACAAGAAUAAACAACUGUGCAU